AGCAGCCCGGACACGCCAACCGUCGGAUUCAGUAAGCGAACGGCUCUCAACGGCCACGAACGUGUUUUUCGUUCUUCGGUUCCCGCGCAUGCAUAUAUAUAUAUAUAUACGUAACGGGCGAUAUAUAUGCACUAUCCAGAGACUGACCCGCGAGAAACAACGCACUCGUCGUCGGGUGUAGUACGCAGUCGGUGAUCGGCGACCGCGACGACGUGACGACUAGUAGUCAGACAUCGUGACAACAACAACAGCAGCAGGCAGCAACAACAACAACAACAACAACAGCAUAGUACCGCGACACAGAAUUCCGCUUUUCGAGUACUACAACAACUUAAUCCGUCUCUUUAACAUCGCAUCCAUCCCCGCGAAAUCAAAAAAGAAAAUAAGGAAAAAGAAAGUUCUUUCAUCCCGGUUCUGCAAAACGCACCCACCCCCGCCCCCGUAAACCCCGUCAUUUCGGUUUCGGUCCUUCAUCUUCGUUCCCGCAACUGUGGCUUCAAUCAAUCAAACUGGAUUCCAACAAGCAGUACGUGUCGCGAUUACUUCGCGGCUACCGGAGGCUUAAGAAAUUAUUCAAGCGUGUGGCGAACCAGGCGCUUACCGUUUCGCCACAGCCGGCAGUAACGGUGGAGGGGCCGGUGUCCAAAAUGUCUCCACCGACGAACGACGUGAACAACGGUGUGGUAGCGUCUCCUAGCACCUUGGCGCCUCGGGUUCCACCGACCACGAACCCGUCCCUCACCAACCCACCGACGCACAAGCGUACCCCGAAGGACUUCAUCUUCGGCAAGGUGAUCGGCGAAGGAAGCUUUUCCACCGUUUACCUUGCCAAGGAUAUCCACACCAGCAAGGAGUACGCGAUCAAGGUGUGCGAUAAGAGUCAUAUAAUCAAGCAGAAGAAGACCGAGUACGUGAAGCGCGAGAAGGAGGUGCUGAACAUGCUCGCGGACGCCAAGCACUCGUUCGUGCGACUGUUCUGCACCUUCCAGGACGCGGAGAGACUAUACUUCGUCAUGUCGUACGCCAAGAACGGCGAGCUCCUGCCGCACAUCAACAAGGUGGGCUCCUUCGACAUCGAAUGCACCAAGUUCUACUCGGCCGAGAUCCUGCGCGGUCUCGAGUACUUGCACGGGCUCGGUAUCAUUCACCGUGACCUCAAGCCGGAGAACAUCCUGCUGGACGAGAAGAUGCACGUGCUCAUUACCGACUUCGGCUGCGCCAAGAUCCUCAAGGACGACCCGGAGACGCCCGCGGACGCGGACGCUCAACAGCAGCAGCGUUUCAGGGAACGCAGCGGCUCCUUCGUCGGUACCGCGCAGUACGUGUCACCGGAGCUACUGACCAACAAUAGGGUGAGCAGAGCGUCCGAUCUCUGGGCCCUGGGCUGCCUCGUCUACCAGAUGGUCGCCGGCCUGCCGCCUUUCCGCUCGAGGAGCGAGUACGUCAUGUUCCAGAAGAUCCUGAAACUCGAGUACGAUAUACCGGACGGUUUCUGCGAGCUCGCCAGGUCGUUCGUCAAUCAGCUUCUCGUUUUGGAGCCGACGCAACGGCUGGGCGCUCUGGACGAGCACGGCGCUGGUUAUCCCAGCAUCCGGGCGCAUCCCUUCUUCGAGGGCGUCGACUUCGAGACCCUUCACGAGCAGACACCGCCGCCGAUUUAUCCGUAUCUGCCCGGCACGUCGGAACGUGAGGAGCUGAGGUCGCAAUACAGGGUACCUGAUAAUCUUGAGCCCGGUCUGGACCAGAAGCAACUCACCAGGCUCCUCUGGCUGGGCACCGAAGACACCGAUGAUGACAACGACACCACCGGCGCUGAGCAACGCGCCGUUAACGCGUUCUUCAACGAGAUCAUCGCAAGCGUGGACAAGCCACUGAGAAGGUGUACCAACAACCGAUCCGACAGCGGCGCCAACAUCGCCAAUUUGACGCCAGAACAGAUCAGGAUGCGGCUGGAGAAGCAGCGCACCACGAAUCAGUGGCAUUCCUUCGUCGAGGGCAAUCUCAUACUAAAGCAGGGCUUCGUCAACAAGAGGAAGGGCCUGUUCGCCAGGCGGAGAAUGCUCCUUCUUACCACCGGGCCGCACCUGUACUACGUCGAUCCCUUCAAUAAUGUGCUCAAGGGUGAGAUACCCUGGAGUCCAGAGCUGAGGGUCGAGCCAAAGAAUUUCAAGAUCUUCUUCGUCCACACGCCAAAUAGGACGUACUAUCUCGAAGAUCCCGAGGGUUUCGCACUGGAGUGGUGCAGAGCAAUCGAGGAGACGCGAGUCCACUGUUACGGCCUGCAGGAUAUGACAACCGCUUAAAACGGGAGAGAUCCAAAAAGACAGAACACAUAACGAGUGGUAAAGUUCGCGAGUGGCGAUCGCGCUCAGGCCGGAUCUGCGUUUCCCGAUCCGAGAUAGGAGCUGGCGAGAAUCGAUUGUUCACGUGUUAGCCCAUUGUAAAAAGUUAGACUAAGUAGACUUGUAUCGCGGCGCGCUCCGAGUCGCGCGCGCACACUGUACAGUUUAUAGGCAGACAAUUCAUUAGGUAAAAAAAAAAAAUUCCGGAACGCGACCUCCGUCGUCGAGAAUUCACCACGUCGCGCGGUGUCCCAUUAUCACUUACGUUCGCUAUUUAUUGACGAUCCUUUUACAGAAGUAUAAAUCGCAUCAUCCGCGCGCGAGAUUCCGCACGAAUGCGUGCGCGAAAUGAAAAAAAA